AUGACAACAACAACUGAAAGUUAUCAUACAACAUAUACAAAUUCAUUAAUUGAUAAUUCAAAUUCAACAAUCAAAGAUGAAGAUCCAUCAUUAAUUGUUGCUAAUGUAACAAUUGAUGAAUUAGUUGAAUCAUGUUGUAAUGAAGUAGUAUUACCUUCUUCUUCAUCUAGUCAAUUAAAUAGCAGUAGUAGUGUUUCACCGACACAUCUUGUUCGAUUUGUUCAUUCACAAUCGUCACUUGUUAGUCAGAUAGAUGAAACAAAUAAUAAUAAUAUUCAACAAAAUCCAUCAAAUAUAAUUAUAUCUAGUCAUGAUAUACCAUCUAUUAAACAAACACCAUUUAUUAAUGUUGUUACACGUUUACCAUCACCAUUUUCAACAAUUAAACCUAAAACAAUUAUUGAAUCAACUAAUUCAAUGUAUAAUACAACAAAUUUAACAAAUAUAACAGCAAAUAAUAUAAGUGUUAAUAAUUAUAAUGUUAAUAUUCAUACAACAAAUGUUCAACAACAACAACAACAACAGACAAUAUUAAAUAAUAAUAAUAAUAAUAAUGAUCAUAAAAUAAAAAAAUGUAAUUCAUUAGAUGAAAAACAAACAACAGAAAUUGUAACACAAAUAUUAAAAAAUAUUAAAGAAGUUGAUAAUAAUAAUGAACAAACAACAAAUUAUAAUAUACAUAUUGAUUCAUUUAAUUUUUCAUCAACAAAUGAACAACAACAACAACAACAACAACAACAAUCAAUAAUAAAUAAAAAAUCACGAAUUAAAAAAGAAGCUAAAGCAUUAACAAGAAUUAUUGUUAAAGAUGAUACAACACAACAACAACAACAACAACAACCAAUGUCACCAAAUUUUUUACGUAAUAAAAAAUCACUUAAAAAUUCAUCAAAUCAUCAAUUUGAUAAUACACAAACAUUAUUUGAUUCUAUACCUGUACCAUAUGGUUGGCAAAGAAGAAUAUUAGCUACAGAUAUUGUUGUUUAUCUAAGUCCAACUAAUAUAAUACUUGAUUCAUUGGAUGCUGUACGUCAUUAUAUUGAAUCACCAACAUCAUGUAAAUGUGGUCUUCAAUGUCCGCUUAUUAUUGAUAAGGUAUUCAAUUUUGAUCCAACAAAAAAAUCAAAAUCUUGGGAAGUUAUACAAGUUCUUGAAGGUACACAUUGUCGACAAAAAUCAAAUAUAUUAGAAAUGGCAACAUUAACAAAUUGUAUUGAUUCAUUUUGUGAAACAGAACAAAAACCAGUUAAACGUCGAAAACGAAUACAUAAUGAAUCAACAAAUGGAAAUGUAUUUGUAUGCUCAUCAAAUUUAAUUGGAAAUAGUAAUAAUGAAUCAGUUGUUUUUGUUAAUAAUACUGAUCAAAUAUCUGAAGAUGGUCAAUCGAUGACAUGGACAUCUGUACAACAACAACCAAAUGUAACUCCUCCAUCGAAACGACCACGUGGUCGUCCACGUAAAACUACAAUUACAUCACCAAUAAUAACACAACUUGCUGCUAAACCAUCAAAUGAUAUAUAUCAAACUCAACCUGUUCCAUCAUCAAUACUUUCACCACCAGCAUCAGUUUCAUCAAUAUCACAAACAAAUUUUGUUCAUAGAAAUUCAACAUCACCAUCAACAUAUCAUCAAACAAAUAAUUUACGUCAUAUUAAUGAUAAUAUAUUAACUCCACCAAUUUUAUCAACAACAACAACAGAUACAAAUGUUAUUGCACGUGUUCCAACUUUAUUUGAUCAAGUUAAAACAACAACAAAUGAAUCAACAUUUGCUGUAUUAUCAGGAGUACAAAAUGUUUUAUUAUCACCAAAUCGUGAUUCAAAUAAUAAUGAUAAACGUUCACAUAUUGAAUCGAAUUCAACAGGCAAACAGGUUACAUUAAAUGUUAAUGCUUUAAAACCAGAUUUUGUUCGUUCAACAUCUACUACUACUACUACUACGCAUAAAUCAUGUUUAUCAUCAAAUCAAAUUGAUGUUAUUUCAUUAAUGGGUACAACAAAUCAAAAUCAAUUAACAUUACCAAAAACUUCAACUGUUGUUACUGUACCAUCAACAACUCAUGAUGAAUAUUUAUCAAUAAAAUCAAAUAAUGAACAAAUCAAUGAAUUAUCAUCAUCAUCAUCACAACCAUUAAUGAUUGAUUUUAAUGAUCCAUCAACAACAAAUUUUCUAUUAUCAGCUCUUGCAUCAGGUGCUUCAUCAGAUUCAAAUGCAAUUGUUAAUCAUCUUUUUCAAAAAGCACAAACACAACAACAACAACAAUCAACAAUAUCAAUUAAAAAAAAUUUACCAAUUAUUUCAUCAGGAUUAAAAAAUUGUACAGAAACAACAAAUUUAUUACCAUCAAUGCGUCAAUCAGUUGUACUUCAUGUACCAUCAACAAAUGAUUAUAAUCAACAAACACAAUCACAACAAAUUAUUUUUAAUAAUAAUAAUAAUAAUAAUGAUGAUAAAAAACAACAUCAACAAAUAUUUUUUAUUAAUAAUAAACCAUAUAUUAUUCAACAAAAAAUAACUCAUGAACAAUCUGCACAACAACGUUUAAUUCUUACACCAUCAAUUUCUCAAUCGAAUGAAACGUCUCAUUCAAAUCGAAAUAUUGUAACUAAUAAUAAUAGUAAUACAUGUAUUCAAUCAACACUUGAUGAUGGUGGCAAUUGUCUUUUAUUAAAUGGACCUGUUGAACCUAAAACACUUCGUACAUUACUUAAAGGUUUAAAUUCUUCAUCAUUUUCAGGUGUUGAUAAUUUAAUUGAUACAAUAAAUCGUUUUGAACAUACAACACCAUCUAUAGUUGAACAAAAUGAUAAUCUUUUAAUAAAAUCAAUUCGUACAACAACAAAAAAACCAUCAACAAGACGUCGUACAGUAAAAAAACUUAAACAAGAUGAAAUACAACAACAACAACAACAACAGCCACAACACCACCAACAACAAAUUCAAAUAUCAAUGCCUCAACCAAUUAUUGUUGAACAACCACAUCAAUGGCAAACAGAUUUUAAUACAUUUGAUUUUUCAACAUCAUGGGGAAGUGAUACAAAUCUUAAUUCACUUCUACUUAAUGAUGAUUUUGAUACAGCCGCUUCAUUUGAUGAUGUUAAUUUUGGUGAUUUUGAACCGUAUAUGAAUAACAAUAAUAAUAAUAAUAAUGAUAUAACAUUACCAUCAUUAUUUGUUAAACCAUUACCACCUGAUAGUUUACCGAAUGUUGACCAUUUAUUACCUUAG